AUGAGUUCACUGGACUCUUUGGACUUAUCCAACAAUCAGUUGUCUGGGGGGAUACCUGAGCAAUUGGCCGUGGGUUGCUCCUUAUUAGAAUUUCUUGCAUUAUCAAACAACAAACUGCAAGGCAAAAUUUUCACACCAAAUUUUAGUUUAACAAACUUGAUGGAGUUGCAAUUGGAUGGAAAUAACUUCUCUGGAAGGAUCCCAGAUUUCUUGUCUAACAGCUCCUUGUUGUAUGCAUUGGAUGUCAGCAACAACCAACUUUCUGGUACGAUCCCAAGAUGGAUGGGAAAUAUGUCUAUUUUGACGAAAAUUAUCAUGUCCAAUAAUCAUCUUGAAGGCAUAAUCCCUGUGGAGUUCUGUCAUAUUGAUCUUAAACUUGUAGACCUCUCAGUUAAUAAUAUUUCUGGGAGACUACCAUCUUGUUUUAGCCCAUCACGGAUAAGGCAAGUUCAUUUGUCCAAAAAUAGGUUACGAGGAUCCUUACCAGAUUCACUUGGUAACAGCUCUACCUUGGUUGCAUUGGACGCCAGCGAUAACUUCUUAACUGGUAGCAUUCCAAGUUGGGUUGGCAGACUUUCAAACUUGAGUUAUCUUCUCUUGAAUAACAACAAAUUUGAAGGGCGGAUCCCAAUCGAGCUAUGCAACUUGAGUCAAUUAAGUUUGAUCAAUCUUUCUCAUAACAAUCUUUCUGGUCCUAUUCCCCCUUGCCUCAAAAUUACUGCACUCAAGGAUGUAUCAGAAGAUUACGUUCAUGUUCUUAUUGCUGCUGGUCCCAGCUCGUUCUCAUUUGAGGAACCAAUAGAAUUCACAACAAAGAAUGUAUCCUACUCUUAUAAGGGGAAAAUUCUACCAUACUUGUGUGGGAUCGAUCUCUCUUUCAACAAUCUGAACAAUUUGAGUGGGAACAUCCCUCCUGAAUUUGCGGUGUUACAUUUCUUGUCAUAUUUCAACGUGUCAUACAACAACUUAUCUGGAAAGACACCUGAAAGAAUUGGGCAAUUGGGAGCAUUUGAUGAAAGCAGCUAUCUGGGAAAUCCUUUUCUAUGUGGAACACUAGUGCAAAAGAACUGCUCACCAAUCGAACCACCAUUGACACCAAAGGGUUCUACUGGCAAUAAUGUAGAGGAUGGUUCAAUUGACAUGGUUGUCUUUUAUGUUAGUUUCAUCGUAUCUUACAUAAUAGUAAUAUUGUCCAUCGCAGUUGUACUGUACAUUAAUCCUUAUUGGAGGCAAGCAUGGUUCUAUCAUGUAGAAAUGGGAGUUAAAUCCUGCUAUUACUUUGUGGUAGACAAUCUCCCCAGACAAUUUCUGUAG